GGGAAAAGUAGGGUAAACCGAAUAUUAGCCCCGGAGGAUACUUCUUGUUGGGGUUCAUGUGGGCCAAGAGUUGAAUCACACGUUUUCAUCGACAGCUCGAUAUCUCACAUUUUUUUGACGCACCGAAUGACAUGGCUUUUACCCUGAAGAAUCGCGAGACGCCCGAUUUCCGAUCCCAAUAGAAGCUUGCCGCAGGAUCUUCAGCGCGCACAGCGUUACUUCCGCUUCGACUGGUUCUAUCACACGAAGAGGAUUACGGCCUCGCGACGGAACUGUUGGUGAGAGAGAGUGGGUAUCGUUUUCGAAAUCCGUAUUUUCUACAAUGUCCAGCGGUGGCGCAGCGGCCAAGGGUCCGCAGUCCGGCGGCUCGUCUUCGUCUACGGACCCUCGGGUGAUCAGUGGGGAGAGCAAUUCUCGAACUGAUAAAAGCGUUGGCUUGUUGACAGACAAUUUGAGACGAAAAAUAACGGAGCACAUGGUCGAGGAUACCGAGGUACUUGAUUACUUAGCUUCUGCCGCACCUUGAAGUUUAAAUAGAACCACUUCCUUACCAAAUAUAGAACAACAUCUCCUAUUCUUGUUUAGACAUCUGGACAGGUUUCAUUAUUGAAAACAUGAAGCUUGGCCUUUUAUUUGUCUACCAGGAAACCAGCAAGCAUAUGGUUACCAUGCUGGCUUCGAGGAUAAAUCAAGUCGGCUGCCAGAUACUCUCCGCAUUUCCUCCGCAUAUGCGAGAGAUGCCUGUGAAAAAGGUGUGGUGUACACUGGACGCCAAGACGAGAGCGGAAAACAGCGCGGCAGGCGGCAAGAGUGGUACAUGAAAUAAAAGACUACCUGAAUCGUUAUUAUCGGAACGCAUGUAUUUCACAACGUUGAACAGGAGUGCAAAACUCAGCGAUUUCAAGAAAAAAAACUAAGGAAUCCAAUAUCUUUGCUCUCACCGCUUGCUCAGGUCCCGAAGCGUCGCUUCCUCCAGGUCGAAAGCCCGGCGAACUCCAGAUGCCACCUUUGGACGACGCCAAGAGCAUGACGGUACUUAAGCAUGGAUAGUAUGUGCAUGUGACGUAGAUAGGUGGUUGUAUGUGACUUAGAGUCUUUAGAUAGCAUGUGAGAGUCACUAAUUAUCGCUCGGAGAUCAGAUACUCUCUGUGUCCGGCAAAAGAUAGCUCCUUCGAAAAUUGCUUACGCAUCAGGAGACAUUCCUGCAAACAAGAUCAUUCUAUCUAUUGUCUUUCUGCAGGACGAGCAGCGGCGAGAGCUACUCUCAAGACUAUGCGGCUACAUGCAAGAGCUGGAAACCAUUGAGCAUCGCAGUAAGAGGAGGAAGGAAGAAAGGAGCGGCCCUGCGGUGAGUUAGCAGAAGUUGCCCUACUUCAAUUGGAAUGGGUCUACCGACCGUCGCACGCAAUGAAGUUUUUAGUUUUAGAUACACGUGCAUAACACUAUGGUUUCUACAGCGCAGCCAGUUCUGGCACUCAUGCUUGGAUUUUGGCAUCCGACGGUUGAGUGACAGCCCUGAUAAUUGUGACUGAGGUCCCUCCAUGUAAUGCUACGCUUGAGAGCGAUGCUGCGGGUGGAACGGCGCACAG